AUGUUCUCACGGUUAUUCCCCUCAUUGGGGUGCUCGGCGACAAAAUGGAACAUCCCACAACAAUCCAAAUUUGUUCACAAGAGUGUGUUCCAGGUUGAGCGGAGGUACUUUUCGAGGAGCUUCCAGUUGCAGGAACAAAGCCGGCCAUCUGCGGCACCAUUCAGAACCCCCCAAUCUAAAAAGCGCAAUGUCUCUACAGCGCUCUAUGCCAUCAGUCUCAUUCUCGGCACAACUGCUCUCGCAUAUGGAUCCGUCCCUCUCUACAAAAUGAUCUGUGCGCAGACUGGCUGGGGUGGUCAACCCAUCCUUACUCACCGCGGUGGUGACGGGGAUACUUCCUCGCGCGUGACGCCAGUGACCGACUCUCGCCGUCUUCGCAUUACAUUCAACGGAUCAGUGUCAGAUGUGAUGCCCUGGAAAUUCACUCCCCAGCAGCGUGAAGUCCGGGUGCUACCCGGUGAGACCGCUUUGGCCUUCUACACAGCAACAAAUAAGGGCCCGAGUGAUAUCAUUGGAGUCGCAACGUACAGUGUCACGCCUGGUCAGGUUGCGCCGUACUUUAGCAAGAUUCAAUGCUUCUGCUUUGAGGAACAGAAGCUUAAUGCUGGAGAGUCGGUGGAUAUGCCUGUAUUCUUCUUCAUUGAUCCGGACUUUGCUACGGAUCCCAAUAUGCAAGGUAUUGAUACCAUUACCCUGUCAUAUACCUUCUUCAAAGCGAAAUAUGAUGACAAUGGCGUUUUGAAGCCCAUUGCGUCGUAA